AUGAUCACCGGCCCUACCGCCUCCCCCGGCAAUGGCGUGGUUGGGCCCUACUCAGGCAACAGCCUGGCCCUGCGCAUCGUCAUCGCUACCAUGGCCGCUCUAUCCUGGUAUAACGCCAUCGAACUGGUUAUUCUCGUCUUUGUGACCUUUUCCCAGUUUCGCGGUCCCUACUUCUGGUCUCUUCUGAUCUCCGCUCUCGGUCUGAUUCCCUACUCGGCCGGCUUUCUGCUCAAAUACUUCGCUCUCACGUCCGCUACCGCCCUCUCCAUCACCCUCAUCACCAUCGGCUGGUACGCCAUGGUGACCGGCCAAUCCGUGGUGCUCUACUCGCGCCUGCAUCUCGUCCUCCCCAACCCCAAAGUCCUCCGCCACGUCCUCACCAUGAUCAUCGUGGACGCCUUCCUCCUACACAUCCCCACCUCCGUGCUCACCUACUGCUCCAACCUCUCCUCCCACCCAGCCAUCUUCAUCUCCGGCUACAACAUCAUGGAAAAGAUCCAAAUGACCGGCUUCUGUCUGCAAGAAUUCAUCCUCUCCGUCCUCUACAUCUGGGAAACCAUCCGCAUGCUCCGCCUCGAUCCCGACCGCGGCAAACGCAAAAUUAUGUACCAGCUCGUCGCCAUCAACCUGAUCAUCAUCGCUCUGGAUUUGGGACUUCUCGUCAUCGAAUACCGCGACCUCUACAUCCUCGAAACCAUGAUCAAACCCGUCAUCUACAGCGUCAAACUCAAACUCGAAUUCGCCGUCCUCGGUAAACUCGUCCUUCUUGUCCGCAGCGCUCACAACCUUACCUGGAAGCCGGAUUCACCGCUGUAUGCUGCCGCCUCGCCUGUCACUAUCCCGCCGCAGAUCCCGUGCCGCAACGGCGACAUCAUUAACGGCAAUUUCAACAAUAACAGUGACUUGCCCGACUUCGUCGAUGCCACGCGCGUCCCCUCAGAUCUCAACCACGCCGCGGCCGGCGCCGCACCCCGUCGACGGCCCCCGCCCCGCAUGGACUCGGAGGAACUCUCCAUCGCCAUGUUCGAGCACUCCGAGAGCGGUGGUGCGGGGACGGACAAUAUCCUGAAAAGUGGGAUUGGUCGAGAUCGAAGUUUAGACCGAGAUCAUGGCCAUAGUCUGGAUCUCCCGCCCACGGGACACUCAAAUGGCUCGCAAUCGUGGAGUGGGGAGACGCAGACAAAUAACUCCGCCACGGAGCGGGAAUUAAGUCCGUUGGACUUUACCAAGCCGUUCGGAAGGCAGGAUAGUAGGAGUAGUUUCUAA